GGCGGCCAUCUUGGCGGCAGAGCGAUGAGCGGGUCGAACCCGAAGGCUGCGGCCGCGGGGUCAGCGGCUGGGCCCGGGGGGCUCGUGGGGAGCAAAGAGGAGAAGAAGAAGGCCGGGGGCGGCGUCCUGAACCGACUCAAGGCGCGGCGGCAGGCGCCCCACCACGCGGCAGAGGACGGUAUCGGGGCGGCGGUCACGGAGCAGGAGCUGCUGGCCCUGGACACCAUCCGGCCCGAGCACGUCCUGCGCCUCAGCCGGGUCACCGAAAAUUAUUUAUGCAAACCCGAAGAUAACAUCUACAGUAUUGAUUUCACCCGCUUCAAAAUUCGAGAUUUGGAGACAGGGACGGUGCUGUUUGAGAUUGCCAAACCUUGUGUGUCAGACCAAGAGGAGGAGGAGGAAGAGGAAGGGGGAGAUGUGGAUAUCAGCGCAGGACGUUUCGUCCGCUAUCAGUUCACACCGGCAUUUCUCCGCCUCCGCACAGUCGGUGCUACAGUGGAGUUCACGGUGGGAGACAAACCUGUGUCAAACUUCCGGAUGAUCGAGCGGCACUAUUUCCGGGAACGCCUGCUGAAAAACUUUGACUUUGAUUUCGGCUUCUGCAUCCCCAGUAGUAGGAACACUUGUGAACAUAUCUAUGAGUUCCCGCAGCUUUCUGAGGAUGUCAUUCGUCUGAUGAUUGAAAAUCCCUAUGAGACCCGUUCUGACAGCUUCUACUUUGUUGACAACAAGCUGAUAAUGCACAACAAGGCUGAUUAUGCCUAUAACGGAGGCCAGUGACCGCUGCAGGAGCAGACGGGGAGGUGCUUUGCUAUGGCCUGCGGUGCCGGCACACGGAGGUGGUUGAACCUGUUGUUCACAUCACACAUCUGGAACCUGGUCCCAGGAAGCCAAGGCUGGGGUGACGGUUUCCUGUGGUCCAAGAGAGGUGCCAAGCAACACCGUGUUUUCUUCCCCAGUACUUUUUCUUCCCUUUUCCCCUGCCCCUUAGGUCGCAGUGGUUCUGUAGUAAAGUAAAGCCUUAGGGUAUGGCUCCUGGAAUCUAGAGGAAAAAGAAAAUUUAUUUUCACGUAGUCCUAGCUGCCUGCUGGUGGCGCUGAAGAGCCCGGGGCUCUGUGGGCACAGCCCUGUCCGUGUAAGGAGGCUCUGGCCAGCCGGUUUGCCAGUCAGUGGCUUCUUCGUAGGGUCCUGGGCGCUGUGAGAGGCUGAACGGCGGGCCUCUUCCAGGCAGCUCGCCCUCUCACUUACAGUAUUGCCAGCGGCACGGUCCGACCUCAGCUUGUGGCACGGUCCGACCUCAGCUUUGCGUAGUUUGAAAGCAACUGGAAAGAAAGGUGGUGUGGAGGGGGGCCAAGAGCGGAGGCGCUAGCGGCUGGCAGGGCUGCCAACUGAAAGGUCCGUGUCGGGGAGAGGCCUGCUUCUCUGUCUGGCUUCCAGGAACCUCCGCCAGCCUUCCCAGGGAUAUACCGAGGUUUCAGCCUGGCGGUGCCUUCCUGUUCCCAUUCUGGAGCAAAGGCGAGCUUGCUCUGUGCGUCCUGCCUCCGGACUUCUGAGUGUCUCCUGAAAUAGAACGUGGCAGUUUUGGCCCUUGGAGCAGUAGGCUCUCUCAAGGCCACAGCAGGCCUCGUAUUUUGUGUUUUUUAUUUUAUUUUUUAUUUCUAGGCUUAUUUUGGAGAGGUUUUGUAAGGUGUCAGUGGUGUUUCCAGCAUCUGUGAUGUGUGGUUAGACUUCUUAUAGUAUUAAUCAAGCUCCUGGGGCUAAUCUGGCUCAUGUUGGGACCGGAUAUAGUUAUGGACUGUAACUACAGCUACUUAAAGGAAGGAUUUGAUUUUUCUCAACACAGGAGGGCCUGCAGGAUUAGGUUUGAUGGGGAUUUGCCUCUGAAACUUUCUGUAGAUUUCUUAUUUCGGAGGAUUUUCCUGUCUGCCUUUCUAGUGAGGUGGUUUCUGGGACCAUCCUGGCAGGUCAGACCUCUAAUGCAUAUUCUGAUCCUUUUUACUGCUAGUUGGAGUUCUUUUGGUUGCUUGGAAAAGAAACAGUAGCCUGAGGUGGCUCUCAGAGGGUGCUCUCUGACAGCCUUCCUUGCACAUCCUUGUGGGCUGCUUUUGUCCUCAGGCCCUUACUGGAUAGACUCCCGCCACCUCAGCUCCGUAUGGUUGUCUGUGUCUCUGUGGGUGGCUUUAGUUGACCCUCUGAUAAAAUUGUUGCUGUCUCCAGGAUUUAGCAUUGACAGAAAGGUAGCAGUAGGAAGGGCCCAGGUAUGUGGCAAGUCACUGGGAAGCAGCAUAGUGACUGACUGACAGCAGUCUCCCCAGAUGCUUGGGAGGAAGGCCGUGCGGGGCCCGGGAUGGAAGGGCCAGCACUGUGCCACAGAAAGGCCCCUGUGCAUUCACUAACCAGUGUUGUUCCCUGUUUGGAUUCUGGAGCAUGCGUGGCCUUGAACCUUGGCCUAGUGCUCUGUGCCAGGUGCUGGCAGCUUUCUCACUGAGGGAAGAGACCAGGCGCCCCGCGGACGGGUUACUCAUCACCAGGCCGGGUGAAUCUUAGAACCGGAGUCCACUAUAAAUCUAGGUGCCUUAUGUGUGGCUCUGUCCCACGUGCUGCUGGGGAAAGCUGCCUUGGCCUCCUUCCCUCCUCAUCUGUGGACAGACGUCAGCACUGCCUCCUUACUUUCUGUUUCUCCUCUAGUAGCAUGUUUGUGUGUGCAUAUUGAGCUCCAAAAUCAUCCCUUCUCUAUGUGACAGCAGCCUAAUCAGGAGAUUUUCUACUAUUUGAUAUUCACGUAGUAUCUAGGAUGUGGCUUCUGGAGCUGUCCAGAGCUUUGCUCUGUAGAGUGUGUCUUGGAAAUGUGUCCAGGACAGAUCAUGUCUCGUGGACUCAUGGGCUGUCUCUUAUAUGCAGUGUUAGCCUCUGCUAGGAGGAGGGCAGAGGAGGCAGGCAUCCUGGCCUCAGUCGUGCCAUACCCUCCUUCCCGCUGGCUUGCCUUAGUCUUCUGGAGGCCGUUUUGAGGCCAUGUGCUCGGUCUGUGCCCACCAGGACAGGGAUAUGCCAUCUUGUGCUCCACAAGGUCUGUCCGGUGUUAUGUACCCGGGAGUCUGUAUUCGUGUCUCUUACUCAGGAAAUCAGAGUUAACCAUUCUGGGGUGUUAACCAGGGUGAGUUUGAAAUUUGACUUUUUGUACCUGAACCGGGGAGAGAAGUCCUACUUUCUCUGAAAGCAGCUGAAGCAAUCAGAAGUUGAACCAGGAGACCAUGUUACUAAUGAACCUGGACUGUUGAUAGCACUUGUCUUGGGGGUGAUACAGUUGGAAGGGGAAAUGGCUUGCAGGGGGAGACCCUGCUUUCUGCUCUGAGCUGGUGUCUGAGCAGGGAAGAGCUGAAUCUUCAAGGGGAAUUCAUUUCUGGAACGGAACACAUAGGCUGUGUGUACUGGACGAAUUGGGUGAGUCUUGCCUUAGUGUCCUGCCACCCCCGUAGACCCCCAGGGCACUCUUCUCUGUCGAGUCACUUUCUUUUGGUGGCUUUUGUCGCCAUGACGUCAGUGAGGCUUGGGGACUGGAGACAGCCUGCCCCCAGAAUCCCUGGAGAGAUUUCCUUGCCAGGGCAGGGGUCUCCUGCGCACAGGUGCUGCGUCCCGGUGAGAGCCUGCUCGUCGAAUCCUCACUUCCAUUCCAUGUUACAGAACAUCUUCGCCACAAGAAGGGUCUAGGGGAGGCGGAUUUACCCCUUGUUUUACGAAGGAUCACGUAAAGUCAUUGAAGUUGUGAAAGUUUAUUUUUUCCCCCUGUAAAUCUAUUUUUCUCAGAACAUAAGAAACAUCAAUGACCUGAUCUGUCCUUCCUCCUCCCCUUCACCUAAGAUCCUCAUUCCAGUUUGUAUUGUCUUUGUUUCCAAAGUAAAUUAGGUGACUUACUUGUACAGAAUGUUAUUUUACCACGAGAGACAGUAAUAAAGGAUUUUCACAGUA